CAAAUUUACUUUAAAUCUAAAGGCGGAAGACAAUGGCCAUUCAAAAACGGUAGCUAUGAAAUCAGAUGACAGUGUCUAUGACGAGCUAUGUCGCUGCAUAGAGUGUCACCAGGAGAUCAUAAGGCUUGUCAACUACAUGGGCAAGCUGAUGAGUCCCGUUGCCAUGACGCAGUUCAUGUCGGGCGUAAUGGUUGCCUGCUGGACGCUGUUCCAAGCCACAUACAGUCCUGAUGACACUACUGUUUACAAAUGCGCUGCUUGGCUUCCGACGCCCACUCUGCAAAUAUUUAUGUACUGCUGGGGAGGCCACAGCAUCAUGGAGAAGGCGGAGGAGCUGUCCCAGGCAGCAUACAACAGUGCGUGGGUGGACAGGGCGGCAAACUUCAAGAGCAGUAUGCGCGUCCUGAUGUGCCGCGGCCAGAAGCCACUGCUGCUCAACGCGGGGGGCAUCUACCCUGUCAACAGGGCCUCCUUCGUCUCGCUGAUGAAUGCGGCCUACUCUUACUACACGUUACUGCGUCAGUUGAACGGCCGUUGAAGUCCUGCGUGUCUACUGGCUCCCUUCGACGUUUCUGCACGCUGCACAGUAGUCACCGCUGACGGAAAACCACGCCUGGAGUGAGCACGAGCAUCCACCAAGAGCAGCACACGUGACACUGUACUGCUCUUUUGUUUCGAAAUACCACUGUUACGUUGCCAGCGACAUGCGACAU